CCUUCAGCAGUGCAGUUCGUUGUUCGUUGUGUUGCGCAGAAAUUGCUUCAGAAACCAUGGCCGCCAGCCCUUUGCAGUUCCAACCACCCGCGGUGAUGCAGUGUACAGAACCGACCCGCCUGGUGAAAUCUGUUAUCUUGACAGGGCAUGGCGGAAUUCAAAAAGUAGACGUCGAAGAUACACCAAUUCCUCUUCGUCUUCAAGAAGAUCACGUUGAAGUGGAAGUCCACUACUGUGGUAUGAAUUUCACAGACAACUACUUGCGACUGGGCAUAAUUAAAAGUAAUUCUUUUCCUGUGAUCAUGGGCAGUGAAUGUGCUGGAAUUGUGACACGAACAGGAAGUGAAGCGACAGAAUUUAAGGUUGGAGAGAAAGUUCUUUGCCUGCAGAUGCAAGGUGGUCUUUUCCGCGAAAUGGUCCAUGUGCAGAAAAAGUACUGCUUCAAGAUACCAGGCAACAUUAAUCUUUGCCACGCAGUUUGCCUCGGGCUUAACUUCCUAGUGGCGCACAUGUGUUUAUUCGAAAUCGGCAAACUCAAGACAACGCAAAUUGUAUUCAUGCAAUCCAUCGGAGGUGGCGUGGGCACUGCAGUCCUGCAGCUCGCUCAAACUGUUCCCCGCGUUAGAAUUCUGGGAACGGCAUCGGAAGUAAAGCACGAACAAUUACGGAAUCUAGGAGCAAACCGAACUUACAGCCACAGUGACAACUAUGCCCAGCGAGUUUUGGACCUCAAUCCGUACGGUGUAGACAUCGUGAUAAACUCUAACGGUGGAUCAGAUAUCGACAAGUGCGUAGAAAUGCUGAAGCCUUGCGGAAAGUUGAUUAAUAUUGGAUCUAACAGUUCAGCUACAUACCCGGGUAAUUCUGUAUGGGGUUUACUGAGACCAUCUUGGGAUGCCAAAGCGUUCUGUUCUUCAGAUGUGAUCAGGAGAGCAUACACCAUGACGGGACUGAACAUCGGAAAAUUGCUGGAGACAGAUCGAGAAAAAAUGCAGUCAGUACUGACAGAGAUAUUCGAACUUCGCUCUCAAGGAACAAUAUCGCCUAGAGCACAUAACGUUCUACCUUUUGGAAGGGUGCAGGAUGCUAUGACCCAACUUUGCACACGAGAGAACUACGGGAAAGUGGUUCUGGUAAUCAGAAAUUCAGCAGAAGUUGUACUACCAACUGACUUGGAAGAAGAUGCUUAACGGCCGCGAACUAAAUAUCUGCAUUGGAAACUGAACGAACAACGUCCUGUAACGGCUCUGAACAUGUAUCGUCACUUAGGGCGACUAAACACAUACUGCUUUCUAAAGCAGAUCAAGCAAAUGAAAUAUUUUAAUGGUUGAACUUUAAGGUUUUUAAAAUAGUAAAAUAUUUUAGAAG